AUGUUUUGGAUAGUUUCUUUCGUCUUAGUAUUCAUGUAUUACAUUGCACUGAGUGAGAAACUUAAAAGGAAGCCAGUAGAUAGAAGAAAGACGUUCUACGCCAGAGGAAAAUGCUAUAUUUGUGAGGAAAAGUGAAAAAAUGAAGUACUGGCUUCAUGCGGGCAUAAGUUUUGUGGUAAAUUAUAAUCAGAAUCAUGUGCAGUAGACUCUUGGGAUGAAAAAAUCCAACUAUCCUGUCCCCAAUGUUUGAGCCCUGUUUACACUAUUUUGCCAAAACAAACAAAGGGCAAAAUUCCCCUAUCUCAAAAAGUAGCUAAAUAUAACACAAGCUAUGAUCGUGAUUUAAUCCAAGAAUUCUAUGAAUUUCAAACAAUAUUUGAAUAUUUUCUCAUGACUUUUAGCACCCAAAGCUUAAAAGAAAAUUUUUCAAUAUGAAUGAUAUCAUUAAUUGGGGUGCUUUAUAUGAUGCUUCCAACUGAUCUUAUAGACGAAGAAGGCUGGGGUCUUAUUGGUACAAUUGAUGACGUCCUUAUAACUUUUAUAGGAAUUUUCAUAGCUUCACAUCUCUACUAUAACAAAUUAAAAGAAUUGUGUAAACAAACAUUAAAGGCCCAGCCUGGAAAAUCAGCAAUAAAAAACAAAAAGACUAAUUAA